UCGCUGUGAUCUGCAGGGACUGCCGUCUGUCAUCUGUGCGUCAGUUAUAUAUUACACACUGGACGCUUUGCGAUCAGAUAUUGCAGUUUGGCUGUCACUGUGGUUAAACUGGCAUUGUUUAUAGUGAGCAUAUACAGUCUACGGGAAGAAAGCUGUAACCGCGCGCCUGUGCUCAGUACGUUGGCCGUGUGUUGAAUAUAUCUUCUGCACUGGCUGUGACACACCCGAGGAGGACGGAGGCGCUGAAGCGGAUCUCUCCCGGUUCAGCGGAAAGACUCCCGCUCGCCUUAUUAAUAUUAAUGCAAUAACGUGACCCUUCGCUUCAGGAAGCGACAAGCUGUUACGCGUUGCAUCCAUAAGCUUAGUCACGUCGAGGUGCGUUCAGGAUUGUGUAAUUGAGCAAUGGCGUCGCUGGGACACACAUGAGAUCAGCUUGGGAUCUGUUUGUUGCUGCGGCGCCCGAAAACUCCCACCAGACUGUAACCUGCAAUAGUUGAGAAAUGGCCAUCCGGCGGACCAGCACGAGAACAGGCUAAAGCUACAGGUGUCAUCGACCGCAUGCGGAAGUGCACACCUCUUGUUCCAGACAGCAGAAGUGCAGAGAGGAUUUUGUGGUCCGAUACCAUGAGGAGAGUCGUCAGACAGUGGCAUUGUCAACCCAGCAGAAGGCUGCUUAUUGCUCUUCUGAGCUUGGCGUUGAUCUCGCUGGCUCUUUUGAAGCUGCCUCUCUUUCACACGGACCCAAAGCCUGUGGAGGUGCCAGUAGACCCCGUCUACAAACAGGUGCUUUUGCAUGUGUAUGAUGUGCGAGGUUUCAGUGCAGACGUUGGGAAUCGCACCUCCAUCAGGAUGAGUUAUCCUGAGGGCUCCCCGAAGGUCUGGGAAGACACCGAUUCGGAUCUCAGAUUUGUAGCUGUGAUCUAUAAGUCUGUCGACUUCCACUGGCUUCGUGCAAUGAUUACCAAGACGUCCGUUUCGCUGUGGAACUGGCUGUUUUUCUGGCAGAAUGUGCCGGUGAGUGUCCCGCUUAAGGCCUCUCAGUUUCGUCUGCUGAAUCCAGAGAUUAUUAGAGAGACGGCCUUGGAUCUGCUUCACUAUCCCAAUGUUAGAGAACGGCUGUGGGGCUGGGACCAGAAUGUCCCUACUUUAGGAGUGUCUGCGCUCAAUCUGGCAACAUACCUGUGUGAUGAGGUGAGCUUAGCAGGCUUUGGCUAUAACCUCAGCCAGAAAGACGCUCCUCUCCAUUACUACGACCACAGACUCAUGACAUCCAUGCUAAAGGAAGCCAUGCAUGACGUGCAGACCGAGACGACUUUCCUCAAGCGUCUGGUAUCAUCAGGCAGUAUUACUGACCUCACGGGAGGAAUCCACUGCAACUUCUGUUCAAGAUGACUGUCUUCUGUUGAGACACAGACUCUCUCAGUGGCACGUGUGAGGAAGAGUUCACACAAGUGAGGGAAUAACUUAAAAACAAUCAUUGAAACACUGCUAAUGAACUGCUGAGUAUUUUACCGUUUACAGCUGUGAUACUGAUACUCUGAAUGUUCUAUUUUAUAUCAAAACUAAUAUCACAAAAAGAUUAAGGUUUUAGAUUAAACUUUUAAUUUUCAGUUUUA